GAAAAAGAAAGUGCGGCGGAAAGUAAGACGCUCACUGGGGAAGACUGGCGGGAUCUGGGUCUCCCGGGCUUCACUUUGGCAAGACGCACGGAAGAAGACAGUGCGUGGCGACCCGAUAGCUGUCCCCACGGCUUUCGCUGCGUCCUCUCUGAUUUGCAAGAAAGGAUGGGACUUCUCUGGUGUGUUGUGAGCCUCUGCUUCUAUGUGAUCCUGCAGAGUGAUGCCUCAGAACGCUGUGAUGACUGGGGACUAGAUACCAUGAGGCAGAUCCAAGUGUUUGAAGAUGAGCCAGCACGCAUCAAAUGCCCACUCUUUGAACACUUCCUGAAAUAUAACUACAGCACAGCCCAUUCAGCUGGCCUUACUCUGAUCUGGUAUUGGACAAGGCAGGACCGAGACCUGGAGGAGCCAAUUAACUUCCGUCUCCCUGAGAACCGCAUUAGUAAGGAGAAAGAUGUGCUUUGGUUCCGGCCCACCCUCCUCAAUGACACAGGCAACUAUACUUGCAUGUUAAGGAACACCACAUACUGCAGUAAAGUUGCAUUUCCUCUGGAAGUUGUUCAAAAAGAUAACUGCUUCAGGUCCCCCAUGAAACUCCCAGUACAUAGAAUAUAUCUAGAAUAUGGUGUCCAGAAGAUCUCUUGCCCAAAUGUAGAUGGAUUUUUUCCUUCCAAUGUCAAACCAACCAUCACUUGGUAUAAGGACUGCCAUAAAGUAGAGAAUUUUAUUAAUGUAGUACCCGAAGGCAUGAAUUUGAGUUUUCUCAUCGCUAUGGUUUCUAAUAACGGAAAUUACACAUGUGUUGUUACAUAUCCAGAAAAUGGGCGGACCUUCCACUUAACUCGGACUCUGACUGUAAAGGUGGUAGGGUCUCCUAAUGAUGCAUUCCCCCCACAGUUCUAUUCACCUAAUGACCGUGUCGCCUAUGAAAAAGAACCUGGAGAAGAGCUUCUCAUCCCCUGUAAAGUUUAUUUUACUUUCCUAAAGGACUCUCGUAAUGAGGUUUGGUGGACCAUUGAUGGGAAAAAGCCAGAGGAUACCACUAUUGAUGUAACUGUUAACGAAAGUGUAACUCUUUCUCAGACAGAAGAUGAAACAAGAACUCAGAUUUUGAGCAUCAAGAAAGUUACUGCUGAGGAUCUCAAGCGUAGCUAUGUCUGCCAUGCUAGAAACGACAAAGGGGAAGUUGACAAAGCAGCGAAGGUGAAACAGAAAGUAAUUGCUCCAAGGUACACAGUGGAACUGGCAUGUGGCUUUGGAGCCACGGUCCUGCUGGUGGUGAUUCUCAUCGUUGUUUAUCAUGUGUAUUGGCUGGAGAUGGUCCUCUUUUACCGGGCUCAUUUUGGAACAGAUGAAACCAUUUCAGAUGGAAAGGAAUAUGAUAUUUAUGUCUCCUAUGCAAGGAAUGCUGAAGAAGAAGAAUUUGUGUUACUCACCCUCCGUGGAGUUUUGGAGAAUGAAUUUGGAUAUAAACUGUGCAUCUUUGACCGAGACAGUCUGCCUGGGGGAAUUGUCACAGAUGAGACCUUGAGCUUCAUUCAGAAAAGCAGACGCCUCCUGGUUGUCCUAAGCCCCAACUACGUGCUCCAGGGGACCCAAGCCCUCCUGGAGCUCAAGGCUGGCCUAGAAAAUAUGGUCUCUCGGGGCAACAUCAACGUCAUUUUAGUACAGUACAAAGCUGUGAAGGAGACGAAGGUGAAAGAGCUGAAGCGGGCUAAGACGGUGCUCACGGUCAUUAAAUGGAAAGGGGAGAAGUCCAAGUAUCCACAGGGCAGGUUCUGGAAACAGCUGCAGGUGGCCAUGCCAGUGAAGAAAAUUUCCAGGUGGUCUAGAAGUGGCGAGCAGGGUCUCUCCUAUUCAUCUUUGAAAAAUGUAUGAGAGGGACUACGAAAGGGGUAAAAAGAACCAAGGGUACUCCAGAAAGGAAGAGUGACCCCGUUUUUUAUUCCCAAAUUAUUGCAUCGUGGACAGAAAAUAUAUUCCUUUAAAACUUCCUCAUAGGGAUAAAUUCAGGUGACUACAACUGGCCGUUAUGCCUCCUCAGUCAAUACCAAGGUCGAGAACGAAAGUGUUCCCAGUCUGUCACCAGCUUCUGAUGUCAGUAUGCCCUUUGCAGGCAAAGACAGCCAAUGUGAAUUCCCCUUUGUGUCUCCUCUACCAUGUUCCUACAUAUCCAUUCUCUCUCCAUUUGUUUUUAAUCUUAUUAUUACCAAGUUUGCUGUUGAUUAAAAGACCCUUAAAGUUUUUUUUUUGUUGUUGUUGUUAACAGGAUAAGUGUGUUUCCAAAUAUGAUUUUCUUUCGCCUUUUUACUCAUCUAGAAUCUAAAUUUAUUUUAGUCAAAAAGCAUGAUCGCUUUUAUGCAGUCUGCUUACAAAACACCAUCCCAGCAAGUCUGACACUUGGUUAGGAUGACACAAAAUGGAAAAUGGUCUAACUAGAAUUGUUCCUUAUAAUUGGUUUAAAAGACUUGCCUGCGUUUUCUCUUAUUAUCCCCCCUGUAUCCUCUCUCUCAGGUAAUUGAUAUAUUUGUUAGCUUGAAAAAGAUGUCAUAAUUUCUUAUUACAGUAAGCUCUUGAAUAUUGAUAGGUCAA